GCCCUCGGCCGUUUCUCUGCGUCCGGAGGUAGGACACGAGCGCGUGUGGGCGUGCACGCGGGGUUUCGGCGUUUGUCCCGCCGGAGGAUGAGCGGAGUGGCCGACCGGGGGCUGCCGGGGUCGGGGUCGCGGUCGCGGUGUACGGUGACCUCAGCUCAGUCAGUGCCCUUCCGGCCAAACAGCUCCUCUCUUACCGUGCUCCGUUGUGGUCGGUGACCUCUGACCCCCCGGAUCGCCGCGCGCGGCUCCGCGGGCCGAGGGUUCGAAGAGCAGCGGGCAGCCGGAUAAACAAACACCGAGGUUAAAGCCUAAGUUAUUAGGAGCUGCGUGGGGUCAACUAGUACACAUGGGGCUGGCGGUUUCCUCCGAGGACAAGGAGCAGUACCGGGCGGCUGUAGGGGCGCGGCUCUACGAAGCCAUGCUGGCGGCCGAUGCCCUGCCGGACGUGGGCAUUGACCCGACCCUGCUGGACCGCUCCCAGCUCCGCCCGCCCGUGGCGUUCAAGGAACCAGACCCGUGCCUGGAAGACGUGAUAUAACGGGAGUCGCCGCGGCGCCUGCGGAAGCAAGUGGACGACAGGGCCCCGGCGUACCUCAAGGAGCUUCACCGAGGAGCCCCGCGUAACGGGCCUCCUGGCCCUCGUCAUCUCCAUGGCGAUGGAGACGGUGUACGCGUCCAGCCGGAGGUCCCCCCCCGGCGCCGGCGCGGAGGGCAAGGUGACGGAGCUGCGCGACGUCACGGAGGAGUACCCGAAGCGGUGUCGGAUGCACGCGUCGGACGCGGGGCGCCUGCGCGAGGACACGCGGCGCCUGGAGGCUGAGCUGAGCUACCGGUUGACGCAGAUCAAGGGCGCCGUGCGGCGCGCUCCACGGCCACAUGCUCAUCCGGCCGCCCGGAUGGACGGGGGCGGCGCGGAACCGGCCCGCGCGGCCCUCGCCGCGUACCGCCGCGACCUGUCCGAGCCGCUGAGCGCCUACCGCCGCUACAAAGCCGGCGCGGUGCGCAUCUCGAGGCGCUGGGCGGGGCAGCCCGCGGAGGAGGCCGUGGCCGACGUUGCCGUCCCGGGGUACAGCGUCCGCGACAGGGAGCUGGGCGAGUCCGCCGACGUGCCGCCCCUAGACGACGGCCCGCCGCUCACGGCCGAGUCCUGCGUCGAGGCGUACCUGGAGCAGCUGUUCUCCCGGCACGGCGCCAUCGCGACGUGGACGAGCACUUCCGCGAGACUGUCGAGAACCUGCCGGAUCUCUUCGCCCGGGGAGGAGACGCCCCGCCCCCCGCCGACGGGGGCCCGUCGUCCUAGACGCGUUCGCGUCCGCUCGCGCCCGUCCGCUUUCGCACCGGCGCCCCCUGCUGGGGGAUGUGCUCGUGACAAACGAGGAACCCUUUUCCGCCAGCCCUGGGUCACCUCCGUAACCCGAUCGAGGCGCUUACCGUGUAUCCCCGUGGUAAAAACAGCCUGGUGCGUAAAUGGAUCGGAUCCUGGAAGUCGCACUUUCAAGCGCGAGCCGAGUAACGGUAAUAAUUUACACUGCGCCUGAGCUUAUGCUGUAUGUGGUUUGUUUAUAAAUCCACGGUCGAUGAACUCGUCCUCCAAUAAAAGUAGUCGCCCGAAGGAAGAAGACACACUCUUCUGCAGAAUUAAAAGAAAUGCAAUAAUUUUCUUCCCUUGACCC